CCUCUGGUUCCUGCUGUCAUUUAAGGAGUAGAAAUGAGUUCAUCCGGGACAUCUCUGGAUGACGAAGACACAUUUAAGAUCCUGGUGGCGACCGACAUUCACCUGGGCUACAUGGAGAAAGACGCGGUACGAGGGAACGACACUUUUGUGACGUUCGAUGAGAUCCUGCGGCUGGCGAAAGACAAUGAGGUCGACUUCUUGCUGCUUGGUGGAGAUCUUUUUCAUGACAACAAACCUUCCAGGAAGACCCUACACAUUUGUAUGGAGCUUCUGAGAAAAUACUGUAUGGGAGAUCGCCCGGUCCAGUUCGAGGUUCUCAGUGACCAGUCGGUUAAUUUUAGCUACAGCAAGUUUCCCUGGGUAAAUUACCAAGAUGACAAUCUAAAUAUCUCUAUGCCUGUGUUCAGUGUGCACGGAAAUCACGAUGAUCCUACAGGGGCAGAUGCUCUUUGUGCUCUGGAUCUGUUGAGCUGUGCUGGACUUGUGAACCAUUUUGGACGUUCACCAUCUGUAGAAAAGAUUGAUAUCAGCCCGGUACUGUUACAGAAAGGGAGAACCAAGAUUGCUCUGUAUGGAUUAGGGUCCAUCCCCGAUGAAAGACUCUACCGAAUGUUUGUUAAUAAACAAGUAACCAUGUUGCGGCCCCGUGAAGAUGAAUCUAUCUGGUUUAACUUAUUUGUAAUUCAUCAGAACAGGAGUAAACAUGGCGCCACCAAUUACAUUCCUGAACAAUUCCUUGAUGAGUUUUUGGACCUGAUAAUUUGGGGCCACGAGCAUGAGUGUAAGAUUGCUCCGACCAGAAACGAACAGCAGCUUUUCUACGUUUCGCAACCGGGAAGUUCCGUGGCCACUUCACUCUCCCCUGGAGAGGCAGAGAAGAAACACGUGGGAUUAUUACGGAUCAAAAAUAAGAAAAUGAACAUGCAGAAAAUCCCUCUGCAGACUGUACGCCAGUUCUUCAUCGAAGAUGUCGUUUUGGCUGAUUACCCAGACAUUUUCAACCCCGACAAUCCCAAAGCGACACAAGACAUUGAAAACUUCUGCAUAGAAAAGAUAGAGUCAAUGCUGGAUAUAGCUGAAAGGGAGCGUCUCGGGAAUACUCGCCAGCCAGACAAACCUCUGAUUCGACUUCGGGUGGAUUACACAGGAGGAUUUGAACCCUUCAAUACUCUUCGUUUUAGCCAGAAGUUUGUGGACAAAACAGCCAAUCCUAAAGAUAUAAUACACUUCUUCAGACACAAGGAGCAGAAGGAUAAGAAAGAUAACAUAGCAAUUAAUUUUGAAAAACUUGAAAGCAGGCCAUCCUCAGAGGUUGCUACGCUGCGGGUUGAGGAUCUGGUGAAACAAUAUUUCCAGACAGCUGAGAAGAAUGUUCAGCUGUCUCUCCUCACUGAACGGGGAAUGGGGGAGGCUGUGCAGGAGUUUGUUGACAAAGAAGAGAAGGAUGCCAUAGAAGAACUGGUAAAAUUCCAACUGGAGAAGACACAACGUUUUCUGAAAGAACGAAAGUUCGAUGUCGAAGAGAAGAUUGAUGAAGAGGCGAUCAACCGAGCCAGAGCACAUAGAUCCCAGGCCGAGGACAUCAACAUGAGCGACAACGAUGAUGAUGGAAUGGGAAGGAAGACCUCAAAUCCACUCAAUGAUGACUCAGAUGACAACAUUCCAACACCAACUAGAGGAAAAGGGAGAGGCCGGGCUAGGGGAGGACGGGGUCAAGGUGCCUCCACAAGAGGAACAUCAAGACGUGGACGAGGGAGCAGUGAUCCACCCUCUAGUGGCCGAGCAUCGAAAGCACCUGCAAAAAAUAUGUCCAUCUUUGAUGCCUUUAAAGCCUCAUCGUCAAGACAGUCUACAUCAAGAAAUGUUCCUGCAAAGAAUUAUUCAGAGGAAAUUGAAGACAAUGAUUCAGAUCUUGAAGAAGUUUCCUUCACAGCAGCUUCUCACAAGAACAGUAGAGCUUCCAGCACCUCUUCCAGCUUCAGCAAGAACAGCUCUCAGAGCCAGCCAUCACAAGCCGCCUUCUUUAUUGAUGAUGAUGACGAAGAGGAGAGGAGCAGUACAGGGUGCAUAUUGGAGGCUAAGGAGGAGAGCAGCAAAGGCAGGUGCUUGAGUGAGGAGCAGUACAGGAGGGGGACUCUGGAGGAGAGGAACAGCACAAAGGGGAAACUGGAGAAGAAGAAAAGGAACAGUACAAGGGAAAACUGGAGGUGGAGAAGAGGAGUAAAACAGGAGGGGAAUUUAGGAGGAGAAGAGCAAUGCAAGGAGAAUGCUGGAGGUGGAAGAGAGGAGCAGUACAGGAGGGACAGUGAAGAUGAAGAGCAGCAAAGGGUGACACUAAUGUGGAAGGAGAUAAACAGAACUGGGGAACACUGUGGGAAGAAGCAGAGAGGCACUACAGGGGAAAACGAGAGUUGA